AUGUUAUAAGUUUACAAUUAAUAUUAUACAGUAGUGUAAUAUAUUAUUCUUGAUAAUAUUAAUGGAAAAGUGUUUUUUUGUUUGUACUCUACUUUUAAAAUAAUUGUUAUAUUUUUUUAAUUUAUAUUAAAUUCAUUGUUUUUUUUUAUUUUUUUAAGCUUUCUUUCCAUUUUGUGGAAAACUAUAGUAUUUUAGGGAUUUAAGGAAGAAGAUCGAGACUUUUCUGUCUCUUCUAGCUUGUUUUAUUAUGGAAUUUGCUUGUUUCAAGUUCAGGGAAUCUGAGGUUUGUUGCUUGAAUCUCUUGCAUUGAACUAUGUGAGCUAUGCUUGCUUGUUUUGGAGAAACAUUGCAGUUCUCGAGCAUCAGAGCUUGAAUCUUUUACAGUUGGAUAUCUUGGAUUAGAGGUAUUUAUGUGCUUACUUUGGUCUAUACUCCUGAAUGAUAGAACUUUGGCAGCCUGUGGUGAGAUAAUUCUAAAUGGGGAUGUUACCCUUGAGAAUGAAUGCGUUGUGCUCGACGGGCGAUCUCUGAGAGCUUGAAUUUUGGUGAUUUAUAGAGUUUUAGUGGAUAAUUAGUGGGAUGUGAGGGAUUAGGUUGCUUUUGAGGAGACAUAUAAUUGCAGAGACUUGGGAGGAUUGGAUUGAAGAAAAAUGCUACACAUCUCGGGGAGUUUCCUUAAUUCACAUGAGAUUCUGCAAUUAAACACAUUAAUGCUCUCAUCAUGACCAGGGCUGUUCGUGAUAGGAUUCUCAAGGAUGCAAACGGUGACAUCAGUUAUCAUCUACGCAACCACAUCCAUUUGACUAAUUGUAUCCACUUGAAGAACCAUAUGCACAAGAAUAGUCCCAUGUUAUCCGACAGGUCACUCAUGAGGGACCUUACAGUCCUUCAGAGGGCCCGAUCUCUUCGAGACCCUUCUGCCAGUCCUCCCUCUUGGCACUCACCUUCUGUUAUUGAUCUGCUUUCAAAGAAAGGUGAGAAGGAUGGCAUCCAAGAGGGGAGAAUGUAUGUAGGCAUUGAACGCCCAGGGGAUGGUAAUAGGCUGUCUGGAAGCUCACCUCAUAUAGCAAAUUUAGCUACUUCAAAAGUUGCCCCUGGUGAAGCAAGUGUGGUUAAUGAAUGGGCUGCAGGAAUUAGUGACCGUAGUAGCAAGGGUGGAUUUAAAGAUGAUCGAAGAGUAAGAAGAGAAAAAUCUAGUUUGAGAAGUAAUAGGACUGAUCAUUCAGGUGAAAAUAAGGAGCCUCCACAGGUUCAAGAGGGUAAUGGUUUGGAACACCAUGAUGUUACAGGUACUUCUGGUUUGAAAGAUAAGAGUAAGAGAAAGGGGAAGCAUGUCCAAAAUUCUCAAAUUAAGACCCCUUCUGAGCAAUUGAAUGACAUUCCACUAGAUGGUGAUGAUGUAGGUUCUUCUAAUGUCCAUCAUGGAAGGCCUCCUAGACAGGGUAAAACUGGGGAGGAACCUCAAGCUAGCAUCAGGGGGUACUCAAGUGGGUUGAACAGGGCAAAAAGACGCAGGUUUCGAGGGGCCAGGAGAACUCGGGCUGCACCUACGUUAAGAGAGGCUGUUGGUCAGAAUGAACUAUCUGUGGCAUCUAAUUCAUUUGGUCAAGGUUCAGCACAUCCAAAGUACGGCAUGGAGGAGGAGGAAGAGGACCAUGGAGAGGAAAAUGUCACAAAGGCUCCUAGAAAUGGGUGUGGAAUUCCUUGGAAUUGGUCCAGAAUCCAUCAUAGGGGUAGAACUUUCCUGGAUAUUGCAGGAAGGAGUUUAUCUUGUGGCAUGUCAGACUCAAGGUCUAGGAAAGGUGGGGCAGCUUCCCGUGGGAGGGAUAUUCCUGAAAUGCCUGUGGCCUCCAAUCACUCAAGUUCAUCCACAAAAUCUGAUGCAGAGGCGCUGCCUCUCCUAGUUGAGGCAUCUGGAUCCCAGGAUAGCACAGAGAAUGCUCGUUGGCUGAAUGAUUAUUCAGGGGAGCUAGGUAUUUUUGCUGAUAAUUUAUUUAAACAUAAUCUUGAUUCUGACCUUGCUUCUGAAGCUAGGUCUGGUGGACAACACAAGUUAGGUAAGAAACGACAUGGUAGGCACCAAAAUUUGACACAAAAAUACAUGCCAAGAACUUUUAGAGACUUGGUGGGACAGACUUUAGUUGUGCAAGCCCUUUCUAAUGCCAUCAUGAAAAGGAGGAUCGGAUUGCUAUAUGUGUUUUAUGGACCUCAUGGCACAGGGAAAACCUCUUGCGCUAGGAUAUUUGCCAGGGCUUUGAAUUGUCAGUCACUUGAACACCCUAAACCUUGUGGCUUUUGCAAUUCUUGCAAUUCUCAUGAAAUGGGUAAGAGCCGAAAUAUAAGGGAAGUUGGUCCUGUCAGUAAUUUUGACUUUGAGAACAUUGUGGAUCUUCUUGACAAUAUGACAUUCUCCCACCUUCCAUCACAAUAUAGAGUUUUCAUAUUUGAUGACUGUGAUUCUCUGUCCACUGAUUGUUGGAAUGCUAUAUCAAAGUUCAUUGACCGAGCACCAAGACGUGUGGUUUUUGUCCUUGUUAGUUCAAGUCUAGAUGUUCUGCCUCAUAUAAUCAUAUCCAGAUGCCAUAAAUUCUUUUUCCCAAAACUGAAGGACCCAGAUAUCAUCUAUAGUUUGCAGCGGAUUGCAUCCAAAGAAAAUAUUGAAAUAGCUAAGGAUGCCCUAAAAUUGAUUGCUUCUCGAUCAGAUGGAUCAUUGAGGGAUGCAGAGAUGACUCUUGAGCAGCUUAGUUUGCUUGGGCAGAGAAUUUCAGUUCCUUUGGUUCAGGAACUGGUGGGGCUUAUAUCUGAUGAAAAGUUGGUAGAUCUUCUUGAUUUAGCUCUGUCUGCAGACACAGCAAAUACUGUGAAGAGUUUAAGAGUGAUAAUGGAGUCUGGUGUGGAGCCUUUGGGUUUGAUGUCGCAGCUUGCUACAGUUAUAACUGAUAUACUUGCUGGCAGUUAUGACUUCACUAGAGAAAGACAAAGAAGGAAGUUCUUUCGGCGUCAACCAUUGUCAAAAGAAGAAACAGAGAAACUACGGCAAGCUCUGAAAACACUGUCCGAGGCUGAGAAACAACUGAGAAUGACAAAUGACAAAUUAACAUGGCUGACAGCUGCAUUGCUUCAACUUGCUCCUGAUCAGCAAUAUGCAUUGCCUAUUUCAUCUGCCGAGACUAGUUUUGAUCAAAGUCCUGUUGCUCUAAAUAAUGCCAGUGGAAGAGACAUGGCCAGGAAAGAUGGCGAACUUAUUGAAAUGCCUGAGAACAUCAGAGGCAUGUCAACAAACUCUAGAUUGCAAAAUCCCCUUGUUAGAGGUUCCAGGGAUUAUAGCAAUUUUAGUAUGAAAGGUAUUAGUUUGGAUAGAAGGAGGAAUGCUGGGGCUGGAUUGAUUCCUCAACAAACCUCUGCAGUUGCCGGUAAUAUGGCCAGGAUUAAUGGGAGACAGAAUGUAAUAAAAAGCCGUAAUGCAAUUGAAGAAAUUUGGUUGGAAGUGCUUGACAAGAUCCAAAUUAGUGGUCUAAAAGAGUUUUUGUUACAAGAAGGAAAUCCAAUCUCUGUCAGUUCUGGAGCAGCUCCAACCGUGCAGUUGAUGUUCAGUACACAUUCAUCCAAAUCUAUGGCUGAGAAGUUUACUGGACAGAUUUUGCAAGCAUUUGAGUCUGUUCUUGGUUCUCCAGUGACAAUUGAAAUUAGAUGUGAAGCAAAGAAAGAUCCAAUAUCUGGGUCCAAUCUUCUUGUCCUACAGGCUCCCAGAAAUGGUUCAUCUCAGAUGGCUAUGGACCGAGGGUCCAAUGCUGAGAGCCAGAUGCAGAGGGCAAGGGACAGAGAUAAUGGGAUUCGAUCUCAGGCCCAGCUCUUGAACUAUGAAACUUUUGAAGGUGGAAGAAGUGAAAUUGUAGAAGUUCCAGCUUCCCCCCAGGAACCCAAGAAUAAUAAUGAACAUACUGGCAACAAUACAGAAUCUAAUAAAAGAGGUGCAUGGUUGGCAAAAUCUGUAGUUUCACAUAAGCAAUCCACUAUUGCUGGAAGAAGGAAACCCAGAGAACAAAGCCAGAGUCAGAGCAUUGUUAGAAGCAAGGUGUCCCUUGCAGAUGUAAUCCAGCAGGCAGAAGGAUGUACACAACGCAAUGCAUGGACAAAACGCAAAGCGGUUUCCAUUGCUGAAAAGCUUGAACAAGAGAAUCUGAGACUGGAGCCUAAAUCAAGAAGCUUGCUUUGCUGGAAAGCAACAAGGGUAACUCGUCGAAAGCUUUCCAGGUUGAAGAUGAGGACGAGAAGACCGCAUUCAUUGCUGAAGCUUGUUUCCUGUGGAAAGUGUCUCUCUUCUAAAUCUCCAAGGUAGUAGGACACGAGAAAAGUAUCUAGGUGGGCGCUAGAUAGUGGGGGACCUCAUUCAUAUACUCACUGUAAUUAGCUAUUUUCCUAGCCAUUUAUAAGGUCAAUUCAAUCCACCAAAUCAUUUCAUUUUCUCUGAAUAAAUAGGAUAGAAAAUAUCAGAUUAGUGCUAGCUUCUAUUAGUGAAUUUUUUCCAUCAAUGUUCAUUAUAUUAUCAGGAACUUUCCUUCCUUUCA